CCAUUUCCUAAUUUUACUGUUUUAAUGUCAAAAAAGAUGACAGUUCCUAAAGUGGGGGUUUCUCAAUGGCUGGAACAAAUAAAGAACACACAAAAGCAGGGAGAAGAACAAGGCAUGGCAUCUCAUGUGCAUCCAUACAUCUUCACCAUACCAGAGCCCCUGUGUAUUGAAAGGCCAGACGCGUAUAUACCACAGGUAGUUUCUCUUGGACCAUACCAUCAUCUUAAACUUGAACUGUUCGAGUCUGAAAGAUACAAAUCUAUGCUUACUAUCCAAGUUGAGAAAAAAGCAAAGGGAGGGGCUUUUGAGGAUUUGGUUAAAGAUCUAACUAAUAUUGCAGGGGAGAUAAGGAAUAGCUACGAUGAUGAAAUUGAAUGUGGAGAUGAAGUAUUAGGAUGGAUGAUGGCUCGAGAUGCUGUAUUUAUCCUGGAGUUUAUUGGUUGUUAUGACCAAUAUGAAAGCCCUAGAAUUCAACAGACAAACCCUUAUUUUCAGAACAUGGAAGCUGUUUUUCAUCCAGAAAGGAAGAGCCCUUUGCUCUUCCCACUUCGGGCGGAUAUAUUUAAGCUGGAGAACCAAAUCCCACUUUUUGUUUUGAAAAAAGUUUUGGAAUGGCAAACUGGGUCAGAUAGUCAAGCUUUAAACACGCUUCAAAUGACUAUUUCAAGUGCCUGUAAAAAUUUCUCCCCUUUCAAGCAUGUUGGAGAAUCUUAUAAUGAUUUGCUUGAUGAGAGGCACAUACUGGAAAGUGGAAUGCCUUUAUAA